AUGAAGGUGCUGCGGCGGCUGGGCCGGCACCGCACGGCGCUGGGGCUCGGCGGGCUGUCCCUGUGCGCCGCCGUGCUGCUCUACCUCGCCAAGUGCACCUCCGAGGGGCUGCGGCCGCUGCCCGCGCCCCCCGCCGCGCUGCCCCACAGCCGGCCGGGCCGCGGCGGCGCCCCGCCCGCCGCCCCCCGCGCCGAGGGCAGCGCCCUGGUGGCCGUGGUGGUGAUGAGCGGCCCCAAGUACAGCGAGCGGCGCAGCAUCAUCCGCAGCACCUGGAUGGCGGCGGGAGGGCGCUCCCAGCGCGGCCGCGUGUGGAGCCGCUUCGUGGUGGGCACGGCCGGGCUCGGGCAGGAGGAGCUGCGGAGCCUGGAGCUGGAGCAGAGCCGGCACCGCGACCUGCUGCUGCUGCCGGAGCUGCGCGACUCCUACGAGAACCUCACGGCCAAGGUGCUGGCCACCUACGUGUGGCUCGACCUGCACCUGGACUUCCAGUUCGCCCUCAAGGCUGACGACGACACCUUCGUGCGCCUGGACGUGCUGGUGGAGGAGCUCAAAGCCAAGGAGCCGCGGCGGCUCUACUGGGGCUUCUUCUCGGGCCGGGGCCGGGUGAAGUCGGGGGGGAAGUGGAAGGAGAGCGCCUGGGUGCUGUGUGACUAUUACCUGCCCUACGCGCUGGGCGGCGGGUAUGUCAUCUCCGCCGACCUGGUGCGGUACCUGCGGCUCAGCAGCGACUACCUGAACAUGUGGCAGAGCGAGGACGUGUCCCUGGGGGUCUGGCUGGCGCCCAUCGACGUGAAGAGGGUGCACGACCCCCGCUUCGACACCGAGUACAAGUCGCGGGGCUGCAACAAUAAGUACAUAGUGACUCACAAGCAGAGCAUCGAGGACAUGCUGGAGAAGCACCAGACCCUGGCUAAGGAAGGGAAGCUCUGUAAGGAGGAGGUUAAGCUCCGGCUUUCCUACAUGUACGACUGGGGGGUGCCCCCCUCGCAGUGCUGCCAGAGGAAGGAUGGCAUCCCGUGAAAAGCCUGAGGGAAGGGUGCUGAUGGACUCACUGUCACCUGGGGAGAAUCCCAGUAACCAGGGGUUACAAAUUACUCUUUAAAAAAAAAAAAAGAGAUUUUUGCACGACUCAUUAUGUCAAUGAAACCCUGAAACUCCCCGAGAGAGCUGCUGACGUGGCAGGAGGGAGAGGUGUUUAAAAAAAACCACAGGAUUAGGUGACAGAAAGCAUGGAAAGGCUCCUGUGACAGGAUUGAAGGCGAAAUACGGAUAGCAGAGAAAAUAUGGGGAGAGAAAAGUUGCUGGGAGAUUUUUCCCAGGAUUUAUUUGCUAAAGAUCAAUGGCAGGCCUUUGUGCUGUUGAUAAGGUUGUGAAAACAGAGCCUGCUGCUGUUUCCUGGCGAGGAAGAAGUGUCAGUUUGGGAAGAGCAAAAGAGCUGCAAGUCAGCUGCUGUUGCAGAGGGAACAGGGCUGGUUGUUGGCACGGGCAGGAAAAGGGACCAGUUUGACCUGGGAUACCUGUGCUGGGGGAAGGGAGAGUGUUCCUGGCAAGGAAUGGAGUUCUUAGACCUUCUGUGUAACUUGUCUCUAAGCUUUUUGCUGUUUUAAAGUCAACGUGUACAUAAAUUAUUCUAAAUUAAAUCUGGCAGCUCCAGAGCUUUCAGAAAGGUGGGUGAGUUUGGUAUUGGGCAGGUAGGGAAUAUAUUCUCUUUUUUUUUUUGAGGGGCAGACAGUUCAGCAGAGCCUUCAGGGGUUGGUUCUCACACUGUGUGUGAGGAAGCAUUUCCCUUCCAGCAGUAAAUAUCUCACACUGCUGCAAGGCAUUGUAGAAUUCAGAUUUAUAUUGCUCUGGAUUAGUUCUCAUCUAAAUUAGCAGUGGAAGUCCAAAAAACAUUGCCCUCAGCUAAAAGAAAUAAAGAGAAAUAGGUUCCUCCACCCUGCAAACUCCUGUUUGAGAACCUUCUCUCUGUUUUCAGUGUAAAAAGUCACAUUUAGGUGCCCAGAGCUGGACUGGGUGAAUUCCCUCCUCCCCUCCAACAAGCACCUUGUGAAGGAACUCAAAAUAGGAGGUGUGAAUGAACUGCUCAAGUGACACAGCCAUAAAUGGGAUAUAAUAGAUGUAUAUAAUAUAUAACACCCACAGGUAUUUUUUUCCAGCUCCCAGAGAGCUCCCUCAGCUGCAGCUCUUUCAGUGCAGGCAGAGUUUUUUUUGCUUUUCUGUGUAAAAAUGUUACAUUUCUUUCUCUUUGAAGUGUCCUUUUUUUCCCCCAGGGACGCCCUUAAGGACCAGUUUUACUGUUUGUUGCACUCUGCACUUUCACACCGUUUCUGUUCCAAAGCAAAACACAAAGGAAAAAAAAAAAAACCAACAAACAAUAUCUUUAUUUUCACAACAAAAUUAGCGAUUCAUACCAAAGGACUCAAGUAUUGGGUUUUUUGUUCUUGUUGUUUUUUUUUUUUUUAUUCUCAUUUUAAUAAAAUUAUCGAGGAUUAAGAGAAGUGAAAAUUCGAGGGAAUCUUUGACUUCCUCCGAAAAACAAAGUGAAAUUAAGGAAAAACUUAAUUUAUUACAGCAUGUGGCCAUCCUAAUGCAUGCUCAGGUACUGCCAGGCAACGUGCUUUUCCCAAGGGAGCCUCUUCCAAGCCAGGAAUUUAACGAGAUCAGAGGAGAUUUCCCUGGAUUUUAACUUUUUUUUCUUCUUUUUAAGUGUCUGUUUGCCACAGUGUUGUCUGUAUAUAUGUGCUUCAAUGCCUGUAAUGUGAGUUAUUUAUUUGUAAUUCCUGCCAAAUGUGUUCUGUACAGGAAAAAUAAGCUACUUAAAUGGCAUUUGAAACUUGAGGUGGUCCUGUGACAUCCAGGAGAAUUAGGGAAUUUUUUAAUGGCCAGGCCAUGACUUCUGGGGCAGAACUGCAGAUUCCUGGUUUCCCAGCUAUUCCAAAUAUUCUGGGUUUUCUCCAUUUCCACCCCACCACUGGAUCCAUGGAAACUGUUCCCAGUGUUGCUUUGACUCUCUCACUCCAAAAAAAUAAAAAAAAAAGGGAUUUUUCAUGGCUGGGAAAUGGAGAAAUGUUGGAUUUGCAGCUGAGCUUCCAGAACCUGGAAAACAUCAUGUGGACAAAUAUCCAGGAAUUCUGGGGAUUGUUUGAUAUUCCACCAUCUGAGAGGUCUUUUCCAACCUAAAGGAUCGUGGGAGGGCUGCAGCACUUGGAUUUCAAUCCCCAAACAUUCCAUAAAUGAAAAAAAA